CCAAAUUAUGGUUACGUGGACAAGCAGCUCUCAUCCACAAAGAAACACCGUCAAUCCUCCUUCUAAAUUAGAUCUUCCUUACAAGUUUCUUCCAUGGUUUCUCUGUUCAGUUUAGGCCUUUCUUCUUCCAUAAUUCUUUUCAUCUUUUUCCAUUCUAGAAAGCCAUGUUUACAGAGAUGAGUUACCAAAUGAUAUUAUGUAUUAGUCUUUUCAUAUCUUUAUUUCCGUGCUUAUUACUCAUCAAGAAGUGGAAAGAACCAAGAAGAGGAAGAUUUCCCCCUGGUCCUCCGAAACUCCCGAUCAUCGGAAACCUCCACCAGCUGGGAAAUUUGCCUCACAGAUCUCUUCACCAUCUUUCAAACAAAUGCGGGCCUCUAAUGCUUUUACGGCUUGGUUCAGUUAACACUUUAGUGGUCUCCUCCGCCGAUAUGGCCAGAGAAAUAUUCAAGAGCCACGAUCUCGCUUUCUCCGGCCGGCCGGUGUUGUGUGCCGGAAAAAAGCUGGCUUACAACGGGUCGGCGGUAUCAUUUGCACCUUAUGGUGAAUACUGGAGGGAGAUGAGAAAAGUUUUAGUGCUGGAGCUGUUAAGUGUGAAGAAAGUGCAGUUUUUCGAGGCGAUUCGCGACGAAAAAAUAGCCUCAAUGCUGAAAAGUAUAGCUGAUUGUAUAUCUUCAGAAAAAAUGCCAAUCAAUCUUAGCAAGCUGGCUAUUUCACUGUCUAAUAAUGUUAUAUGCAGAGUGGCAUUUGGAAGAAUUUACGACGAAAAGAGCGAAUUUGAUCGAAUUCUUUAUGAGACACAGGAGCUGUUAGGUGAGGUGAAUGUUGCUGAUUUUGUGCCUUGGCUGGGUUGGAUUAACAACUUCAAUGGUAUGAAUUCAAGAAUAGAUAAAAACUUCAGAGAACUGGAUGAGUUCUUUGACAAAGUAAUAACAGAGCAUCUUGAUCCCAACCGGGCUAGAUGUAGAGAAGAAGAAGACAUUGUUGAUGUAUUGCUUCGACUACAGAGAAAUUCAAGUCAACCAAAUAGGCCUACUGAUGAACAUGUGAAAGGUGUUCUAGCGGAUGUUCUUGCAGCUGGGAGUGAUACUUCAGCAGCUACCUUGGAAUGGACAAUGGCAGAACUGAUUAGAAAUCCAUCAGUGAUGAAAAAAGCCCAGAUGGAAAUCAGAGAAAUUUGUGAAGGAAAAGACAAGGUUGAAGAAACUGAUCUUGCAAAACUCAAGUACCUAAAGUGUGUGGUAAAAGAAUCUUUGAGGAUGCAUCCUCCACUCCCUUUACUAAUUCCUAGAGAAACUCUGGAAGAUUGCAUUGUGGGGGGUUACACAAUUCCUGCAAAAACAAGAGUUUUCUUGAACGUGACAGCGAUUUCGAAUGACCCAAAAUGUUGGGACAAUCCAGAGGAAUUCAACCCGGAAAGGUUCUUGGAUUCUGGGGUGGAUUUCAGAGGACAGAACUUUGAGCUGUUACCAUUUGGUGCUGGUCGGAGAAGUUGCCCCGGAAUCAAUUUCGCGGUGCCACUCGUUGAACUUGCACUCGCUAAUCUUUUACUUGUGUUUGAUUGGGUAACUCCAGAGGGAAUCGUGGCAGAGGAUUUGGACAUGGAAGAAGGAUUGGGUCUCACCGUCCAUAAGAAAACUCCACUUUGCUUAAUGGUGGCUAAUUCCACUUAUGUGAAAAAUAGGUAAAUGAUAAAAAAAAAUCAACAUCUUAUUAUCAAGAAACACUUCAAUUGAUAUUACUAGUAGAUACUCAUUCCGUGUAAGAAAAAUAGUUCAUUUUGUUAUUGUACUAGAUUACCACAAAAUAGAUUAUUUUUGUAGAUAGACAAAGUAUGUGUAUAGAAAGUGGAUGUUUUCAUUAUGAUAUGGUGUUUUAGUUUACUUUUUAUCCAAAAUUUAUGCUGUAAACGUCUAGCAAAGAGCCCAUUGGUGUGAACAACUAUGAGACACCCAAUAAAUAUGCUGGUCUUCUGACAGUGAAACAAGCAGGCAAUGGCUUAGUCAUUAAAGAUACUCAGGAAACAGCUGUUGUGCAGCCUUCUAUAAGGAGUGCCAAAGAAGUUGUAUGUGUUUUGGAUGACAAGGGAACUACACAGGAGAAAGCAGGGACUAAGUUGGGCAUACUGCUUGAUAAAGAACCUGUUAAUCAUGUAUAGCCUACUUAGCUGGAAUAUUAGGGGUUUAAAUUCUCCUUUAAAACAAAAAGAAGUGCAAGGAAUGAUGAAUGUUUAUAAAGCUAGUUUAAUCUGUUUAGUAGAGACUAAGAUGAUAAAAGAAAGGGGGGAAGCAUACUUGAAGCAGAACUGGAUGGGGUGAAAGUGAAACUGGUGUACGAAUUAUGCAAGUCAUGAAAGGGGAAGAAUUAUGUUGUUAUGGGAUGAUAGCUUGACUGUUGAUCCUAUAAGUCAAACUGAUCAAUUAGUUCACUGUCAGGUUAGACUUAAGAAGGAUAAUAGUUGUUUUUAUUUCACUGGUAUAUACGGUUCGAAUGCAGUAGAGGAGAGAAGACAGUCGUGGUGUGAUUUGGUACAGAUUUUGAAUCAAACAACGGGAGCAUGGAUACUAAUUGGGGACUUCAACAGCAUUUUGAAACCAGAGGAAAAGGUGGGUGGUAGACCUAUCACAUUGCAGGAUUUUGAGGAGUUUCAGCUCUGUAUGGAUGAAUGUCAAUUGAUGGAUUUGAGACAGAACGGUAAAAUGUAUACAUGGUGCAAUCAGCGUAUGGGGGCGGAUAGAGUUUAUUCAAAAUUGGAUAGGGCAUUGGUAAACAGGGAUUUGAUUGAUAGUUAUUCUGAUUCAGUGGCAUUCGUACUCACGGAGGGGAUCUCAGAUCAUUCUCCUAUGCUGGUGCAAGUUUUUGCUGAAGUUCAGACUAAAGCCAAACCGUUUCGAUAUUUCAACAUGUGGAGUCAAGCAUCUAAAUUUCUAGAAGUGGUGCAAAAAAGUUGGAGUGAACCAGGAAAGGGACGAAAAUGUAUCAGCUUUGUACUAAAUUAAAAAGGCUUAAACCACAACUAAAAGCACUAAACAGGGAAUGCUUUGCUGAUAUAGUGGUUAAAGCUUAGAAGGAUAAGGUUAAGUUGGAGGAAAAGCAGGUUCAGUUGAGUUGUAAUCCUGUUAAUGAAGAUUAUCAGAAGGAAGAAAGGAUGGCUUUUGAGGAGUACGUUCAGUCUAGUAGAGCUGCACUUAUUUUUCUACAGCAAAAGGCAAAAAAACAGUGGGUGGCAGAAGGAAAUGAGAACACCAGAUUCUUUAACUCCAAACUAAAAAUCAGAGUAAUGAAGAAUCGGAUCUGGACAGUCACAAAUGAUGCAGGGGAAACAAUUAAUGAUUGGGAGGAGUAGAACAACACUUUGUGGAUUUUUAUCAGAGACUAUUGGGUGAAAAUACGAAUAGAAGGGCAGCUGAUCAGGAAGUUUUCCAGAUGGGCACUGUUCUGUCAGUUGAACAACAUGUUGGGCUCAUCAAACCUGUACGAAGGGAAGAGAUCAAGAAGGCUCUAUGGGAAAUGAAUGAUACCAAAAGCCCGGGGCCGGAUGGUUAUGGGGUUGGAUUUUUCAAGUCUGCUUGGACAGUGGUGGAAAACGACGUGAUUGAUGCUGUGCAGGAAUUUUUCGCCACAGGGCAGGUACUGAAACAGCUAAACUCUACGAAUCUUGUUCUAAUUCCUAAAGUUGAAUCUCCUAUGCAUGCUAGUCAAUUCAGACCUAUAGCCUGUUGUAAUGUAGUUUAUAAGUG